GUGCGCGGGCGGCGGGGCCCGGGCCCGGGCCCGGGGCAUGGAGAGCCUGCUGGAGAACCCGGUGCGCGCCGUGCUCUACCUGAAGGAGCUCACCGCCAUCGUGCAGAACCAGCAGAGCCUCAUCCACACCCAGCGCCAGCGCAUCGACGAGCUGGAGCGGCGCCUGGACGAGCUCAGCACCGAGAACCGCAGCCUCCGCCAGCAGCACCCGGCUCCCGCCGCCGAGCCCCAGCCGCGCCUGCCGGCUCCCCCCGCGCCCGCCCCGCAGCCCGAGCCGGAGCCGCUUCAGCACCCCCAACAGCUCCCGCCCCAUCAGCACCCCUCGGAGAAAGACAGCAGGGAGAGGGGCUGCUGCACCACCCUCCUCCAGCACAAACCCGCCCCGGCCAUCGGCAAAGGCGCCCUGAGCAGGAGACCAGAGUAA